AUGACUAGUGCUGUUGCCCCAUUUCCUGCGCCUGUUGGUCCAGGCAUAAAGGUCAAGUCUGGUCAUUGGGAGCUCCGAGAGCUGCCUCCUGGCAUUAGCGACGGCGAUGAGACUAAAUGGCCAAAAGCACCGUAUCGUCCUUCAGACGAACGAAACUAUCUAGUGCGACUGGCUCAGGACUGGGCCGAACGUGAUGGAACAGCUCGUCCAGAUGUAAAUUAUUUUAUGAAAGACUUACCGAAGGGCUAUGGCUGCUUCGAAAUGGACCAGCCUGGCGGACCUCAAGUCUACAAGAGACUGUUCGGCCAUCCAUCAGGCAGGUUCUACGACUCCAUUCGCAGAUUCGAGACUCACUUCUUUUGGUUGCUUGAUGGCAGAUCUGGAAAAUGCGAGUGUAUGCUUUGUGGAAAUUUCAAACCUGCACCUGGCCCGCCACGUCCAAGAGUGAAACUCAAUCCUGUGGCAGGCUUGCCGACAACAAGUGUUCACAAACCCCUACUAAAAACAGGUCUUCCAAGAGUACCGAUGCUCAACGCGCGUGCCUCGACCGACGAGGAGCUGACAUCAGGUAACGAGGCUACGGGUGGAAUGGGAGGUGGAAGACGUGGUCGGCCAGAUCGAUAUGCUCAAUCUACACAUCCUACAGAUGAGGAAGGAACAUCGAACGAGUUUAGGAAAGCCAUUGACCAUGCGUACAAGCAAGAAGGCGGUGCUAAAGAAAUCGACUUUGACAUUAAGGAGGAGAAUUCAAUUGACUGGUUGUCCGAGAUCGAUUCCCUUACAGUCAGUCUUACACAAAUUGAGGCACAGCAUUCCUUCAUCCCACGUCGGGGCGAGCUCGUACUUUGGAUAUCUGACUUUCCCGAGAACCAGUAUCUCCUUCGAAAUGCGGAAACAGGAGAAUAUCAAUUUUACGACUUUCACGAGAAAAAGUAUACCGGGUUUCCUCGUUGGCGUGCUGGCGUCGUGGUUGAAGUGCCUGUAGCUGCCUUCAAAAAUGGCGUGAUCGACUUUCCAGAUAUUCUCGACCUACCUUUGAAGAAGACUUCCCUUAACACCGCUGGCUUUCGCAUCGAGACAAUGCCAGAUCCGAACGAUGACGACGAGAAAUCCCUAUCCAAACAAUACCGAUAUGUCGCUCUCCGGAAUAUACGACCUCUAGCCCACUGGCAAUUAUUGCUGAAGGGAAUACCACAAAAGACACUUCAUCGAUCAAUUCUACACGCGUUGACUUGUAUGACAUCGGUUUCCUUGGUUGGAAGGAGAAGCUUCAUAGGACAUUGGCGAAGAGGAGGUUACAUUAGAGCAAGGGCCUGCUUCCUUGGCUCAGAGAUGAUCACGCUCGGCGACACCAUCCGCCUCACGCCACACGAGCCGAAUGCCUCCUGUAUGGACAUCCUUGUAGUGGACGACAUCCGUUUUAAGAUGACAGGGUUCAAGCCCGAACAUCUCGAAUACGACUCCCAACUUUUAUGUUCAAGCUCGCAGCUCCACUUUGUAGGUAAGGCAUACACUCUGGAUCGCAGCCGAGCACACAUCCAUGUCCCAUCCUCACAAGCGCAGUCACAAUCGCAGUCAGCCGAGGCUGCAUACGUGCCACACAGUCUACAUUCAGAAGACGUGAAAGAAUGGUUCAGGCCGGUCGGUACAGGAGAAUAUGGCAAAUGGUAUCCAUUACAGGGCGAUUAUAAGAAGUUCGAAGUAUCAUAUGAUCAAGUUCUAGGCCGACUCUAUGAAGCGGACGCCAUCCGGCUGUGGUCUGGUCUGCGCCAGAGGCAUAUAUCAUCUGCUAACAGAGAAAUGAUGAAGCCAGACCUGGGCUUUGACACGUCAAGCAUCAUUGGUGGUCGUCGAUAUGCUACCAAGACUGAUGAACGUAUUCCCGAUGUGCCAGAAAGUGACCCAAAGGCUAUCAGAUGGGUGUUGUCGGACUACAGAGCUCAAUCGCUUUCUCUUGCUACCAUCAAUGGACUGGAAACAGCAGCAUACAAUCCAAUUCGAACACCCGCUACCUUAGCUGAAUGGCGUGCUCACAUAGACAUAUCUGAAGGUCGACAACCCACCAAGACCCUAAUAAAAGCUCCACGGAAGCGACCAAAAUACCGUUUCGACAUGAGAGACUUCGGUCUCGACGACGGAGCAAUAAGCGGAGGUGGAACGUAUACCGCCAAGGGCACAGGAGGUGGUGGUCGCAGAGGACGACCAGCAGGAUCCAAACUCAUCGACGGCAAGAUAUACACAGCCGAAAUGCUCAGGAACAUGACAAAUAUCCCCACUAGAGGCAAGACAUUGCCUACACAAGCCGGGAUGACAAGUUUCGACCACGAAGACAUCGAAGAAGAAGACGAUGAAGGCGAGCAAUCACAAGACUCCGAAAAGCUAGACCAUCCAGCCUUCCACUCACAUUCACAAUCUCACCAACCAGCCUUCAAAUCCAGCUCCCAACUCGCAGGAGCCGCCUUGAACGAAAAUUCCGACGACGAAGAAUCAGACCCUCAAGCCCGCCUACCUCCUCGAAACUCCAUGCUCGCAGCAGCAUACGCAUUCGACAGCGAUGAAAACGACCAAGACAAAAGAAUGCCAGACAUCACCGUCGAAGACUUCAAGCUCGCAGCAGCAGCACUAAACCACAAAGGUAAAGCGCCUACACGCCUACCACCGAGCAAAGCGCAGAUCAUGCAAUCCGUCGAAGAAGGUGAAGAUAGUGCGCUGGAGAAUAUAGGUGCGCCGGACAUGGCGGCGGAUGAGUUUAGUGAUGAGGAGGAGGAGGAGGAGGAGGAGGAAGAUCUGAUUGAUUAUGAUUCGUGGAAGGCGCUGCGGAAUGCUAGGGGUGGGACGGAGGAGAGUGAGGGUGGGGGUUAUAGGCCUGGGGAGAGUCAGUGA